AUGGCAUCAACCAUGGAAGGACACAUGAAAGACAAUGUUCGCCUGAAUGGUCCUGCUGUGAACAUCAAUGCAACAGAGAGCUUCAUCCACCAAGCCAUGGACAUCAUCGUGGAGGAUGCUGUGAAGAAGGCCACCGAUGUCAGAGAAAAGGUUUGUGAGUGGCGCUCCCCCGAGCAGCUGAAGGAGCUGUUGGACCUUGAGCUGAAAGACGAAGGAGAGUCUGAGACCGAGAUCCUGCAACGCUGCAGAGAUGCCAUCAAGUACAGCGUCAAAACCACCCACCCUCGUUUCUUCAACCAGCUGUAUGCAGGGAUGGAGCCCUACUCCAUGGUGGCAAGUUUCAUUACAGAAGCCCUCAAACCCAGUCUGUACACCUAUGAGGUAGCUCCAGUCUUCACUCUGAUGGAGCAGGCUGUUCUGAAGAAGAUGAUGGAGGUGAUUGGCUGGGAAGAAGGAGGAGAUGGAAUCUUCAACGCUGGUGGCUCGUUGUCCAACAUGUAUGCAGUGAACCUAGCCAGGUACCAUCACUGUCCUGACAUUAAAGAGCUCGGCCUCUCUGCUACUCCACGACUGGUCCUCUUCACAUCACAGGAGUGUCAUUACUCCAUUUCCAAAGCAGCGGCUUUCCUGGGCAUCGGCACUAAAAAUGUUUACGUGGUUCCAUCUGAUAAGAGAGGGAAGAUGAUCCCCUCUGCUCUGGAGGAGCUAAUAAAGAAGGCUAAAAGUGAGGGUGCAGCUCCCUUCAUGGUAAAUGCCACAGCAGGGACCACGGUGCUCGGAGCGUUUGACCCCAUCGAGGAAAUCGCAGACAUCUGUGAGAAGUACAACCUGUGGCUGCAUGUGGACGCAUGUUGGGGAGGAGCAGCUCUCAUGUCUAAGAAGCACAGACACUUGUUGAAGGGAAUCCACAGGGCUAACUCUGUGGCCUGGAACCCUCACAAGAUGCUGAUGGCAUGUCUGCAGUGCUGUGCUUUCAUGGUCAGGGACAAAACGGGUCUCCUCCAGCGCUGUUACUCUGCUCAGGCCUCCUACCUCUUCCAGCAGGAUAAGUUCUAUGAUGUCAGCUAUGACACAGGGGACAAAUCCUUUCAGUGCAGCAGGAAGCCGGACGCCUUCAAGUUCUGGCUGAUGUGGAAGGCUUUGGGAGCCAAGGAGAUGGAGAAGAGGGUGGACAGAGCUCUCGCCAUGGCCAAGUAUCUUACCCAAGAAAUCAAGAAAAGAGAAGGGUUUCGUCUGUUGAUGGAACCUGAAUAUACGAAUGUUUGCUUCUGGUACAUUCCACCAAGUCUGAGGAAUCUUCCAGACAGCCCUGCGUUCUGGAAAAAGCUCCAUGCAGUGGCCCCGGUGGUGAAGGAACGCAUGAUGAAGAAGGGCAGUAUGAUGGUGGGCUACCAGCCGCACGGAGACAAGGCUAACUUCUUCAGGAUGAUCAUCAUCAGCCCUCAGGUCAGCAAGCGGGACAUGGACUUCCUCUUGGAUGAGAUACACAAUCUGGGGAAGGACUUGUGA